AUGUUGUCAUGUUUAUCAAAACGAAUCGCUCUGCCAUUCCAAAUAACGAAGGCGUUUUUGACAACCGUUGAAUCAGAUUCAUUUCGUGUUCAUGAAUUCACCGAAAAAUAUUUCCAUCACAGAAAGGCGCAGUUCACCGAAACGAUGAGUUUUAUUGAUCCCCAACAAAUGCCAACGAUUCCCAUCUAUCGAGUGACAGACUCUACGGGUAAAUUCAUCGAUUCGGCUCAGGACCCGAAUCUAGAUAAGGAAUACGCGAUAAAAGUGUACAAAAAGAUGUUAUUGUUGGAGUCGAUGGACAAGAUUUUGUACGAUUCGCAACGACAAGGACGUAUUUCAUUUUAUAUGACAAAUUCCGGUGAAGAAGCCACUCAUUUCGGCUCAGCUGCAGCACUACAAGAUGACGAUUUAGUGUAUGCACAAUACCGAGAAGCGGGUGUUUUACUAUGGCGAGGCUUUACAGUGGAUAGUUGUAUGGAUCAGUGUUAUGGGAACGCGAGAGAUCUUGAGAAAGGAAAGCAAAUGCCCGUUCAUUACGGUUCAUUAGAGCAUCAUUUCGUCUCAAUUUCAUCACCACUCGGCACGCAAAUAUCGCAAGCUGUUGGCUCCGCGUACGCAUACAAACGGUAUUUCAGAUGUUCAUCGCAUCACUUCUCAUAA